AUGGGAGACUGCAAUAUGCUACUAGACAUGGGCUUCGCCCCGGAGCGAGUCGAUUGGGCUCUGUACGCAACCAAGAACGCCGGACUCCAGCCUGCUCUCGACCAUCUCGAAGCCAAUCAGGACAAUCCCGUCCCAACAGACUACAAGACCGCAGGUGCAGCCGGCGGGUCAGGUUCUGCUGGUGCCGGUCACGACUACGACGAGGAAGACGAAGCAGCGCUCGCUGAUUUGGUCGUCAAGAGGGGCCAGCAAGCCGCAGAUGACGCAGUCAACAACGUCGGAGAAGCAAAGUCCAUCAAAUGUACCGGCUGCGGCAAGGUCUUCAAGUCACCCGCCUUUGCCUCGUUCCACGCCGAGAAAUCCGGCCACACCUCGUUCGAAGAGAGCACCGAAGAGAUCAAGCCCCUCACCGAAGAGGAGAAGAAGGCUAAGCUCGAAGAGCUUCGUCAGAAGCUCGCCGCCAAGCGCGCAGCUCAAUCCAAGAUCGACGCUGAAGAAAACAAAGCCAACGAAAAGAUCCGUCGCAAAGCCGGUCAAGACCUCACCGAGGUCAAAGAGGACAUGAAACGCAAGGAGCAGAUCAAAGAGGCAGAGCGCAAACGUAAGGAGAAGGCUGAAGAUGCUGUAUUCAAAGCCAAGAUCAAGGCUCAGAUCGAGGCGGAUAAGCGAGAGCGUGCGGCUAAGGCUGCUGCCGAGAAGGCGGCGAGAGAAGGUGGAGGUGCGGUCGCUGCUACUCCGGCUACGGGACCGAGUGCUGCUGCGUUAGCGGCGAGAGCUGGACCACAGGUAAGUACGAGCUCGGCGAACGAGGCGAGGUUGAGGGUGAGAGCGCCUGGUGGUAUGUGGAUGGGUACCUUGCCCGUAGAUGCCACGUUGGGAGACGUUCAAGAGAAGAUCCGGGCUGAGGGUAAAGAUGGCGGUAGUGCACAGCUCAAGUUCUCAACAACCUUCCCUAGGAAAUUCUUUGAUGCAAGCGACGCAAGCAAGACUCUCCGCGAGCUUGGCCUGGUGCCCAGCGCCGCGCUUGAGGCAUCGGCGCAGUAA